AUGCUGAAGGAAGUAAUGAAGACAUUGUUCGAAAUGUUAUUGGGUUGUUUAGCGAGUAAUAGUGAGGAUCGACAGCAGAUGGCGGCGAGGUGUUUGGGUGAAUUGGUGAAGAAGAUGGGCGAGAGAAUACUCAUCGAUGUGCUGCCGGUGCUGAACUUGGGACUGCAGUCUGAGCACAUCGAGCAGAGACAGGGCGUUGCGAUAGCGCUCACCGAGAUCAUCGACAACACCACCCGGGAUGUGACCGUCAUGUACACACCGCAACUCAUCGAACCACUCAAAAAAGCGAUCGCCGAUCCUGAAGCCGAAGUUCGCAAAGCGGCCGCCUCUACAUUCUCGUCGUUUUAUCGAGUAAAUUUUGCACAAUUAACUGUGUUUUGA